UAUCUGUGAACAAGAAACAAAAUAAUGACAUCUUAUAACAAUGACAAUAUUAGGAAGCUUGAAGAGCUAACUACGACAUUUCUGGUGGUGGGUGGUGGAAUCGCUGGGGUUACAUGUGCCGAAACACUUGCACUUUACCAUCCAGAGGAGAGUAUUAUUUUGCUGACGGAAUCUAACAUUAUCAAAACGAUAGCAAAUUUAGAACCAGUGGCAAGAUAUCUUUACAAGUUUGAUGUAAAAGAACAUAGCUUGAAAGAAGACAACUCAGACUCAACUAAGCUUGCUCCAGCUAUUGUUACUAUUGUUGACCGCCUUAAGAAUAUAGACGCCUUAAAGCACUGCGCUCACACUAAUAAUGGCCAAAUCAUUUGCUACAAAUUUAUUUGUCUUUGUACAGGAGCUCAACCAAAUUUAAUUCUUAGUAACAAUUCUCGUGUAAUUGGAAUUCGAGAUACCGAUUCGGUUUUAACUUUACAACGAAGAUUGAAAAAUGCAAAAAGUGUAGUACUACUUGGUAACGGAGGCAUAGCCAGUGAACUUGCUUACGAGCUGCGCGGAGUUGAAGUUCAUUGGGUAGUCAAAGAUAGUCAUAUUGCAUCAACAUUUGUAGAUCCUGGAGCUGCACAUUUUUUUCAAGAAUCCAUACGGCUUAAAAAACUAAACAAAGAUGAAACUUGUAAAGAAAUAUCUCAAUCGACUACCGUUAUUAAACGUUUAAGAUACGCUGAGGAUCUUCCGGAGGAAUUAAAUGAAAAGUUACAUGAACAUGGUGCUGCUCUAGGUCCAGAUUGGCAUAGAAACUUCAAUUUGAGAGCUGAUACGGAUGGUAAUAUAGAUACGCUGAUCAUACACUACAAAUCACAUGUUAAGCAAAUAAAAGAGGAAAAUGACAUGUUAAUUGUAUCACUUUCGAAUGGUGACCCCAUUAAAUGUGAUUUUCUUGUAUCUGCAACGGGGGUUGAACCAAAUCAUAAUUAUACGUGUUCUUUGCCUAUUUCCCUGGCAGCGGAUGGAGGAAUUGCUGUUAAUGAGAUGAUGGAAACUAAUGUUAAAAACAUAUAUGCAGCUGGCGAUGUAUGCACAAGUUCUUGGGAUCCUGCCCAACACUGGUUCCAAAUGAGAUUGUGGACACAAGCAAGGCAAAUGGGUUGUAUGGCAGGCCGCAGUAUGGGCGCUAAACUUAAAAAUGAGCUAAUUUACCAAGACUUCUGCUUUGAACUUUUUGGUCAUGUAACGCAACUAUUUGGAUUUCCCGUUGUACUUCUUGGUAGAUAUAACGGCCAGGGCUUAGGAACCGAUUAUGAGUUAUUGUUGCGCAGUACCCCCGAAAAAGAGUAUAUCAAAUUUGUGCUUCAAAGAGGCCGUUUGCGUGGUGCAAUUCUGAUUGGAAACACUGAACUUGCAGAAACAUGCGAAAAUUUAAUUUUAAACGCCAUUGAUCUUACACCAUACGGAGAUGAUAUUCUUAAUCCAGAUAUUGAUAUCGAGGAUUACUUCGAUUAAAAAGUCAAUCACAUUUAUAUAUUUUGUUUCUAUUCACACAAAUUGAAAUACAUAAAAAAUAUAUCAUUCAUUUUAUUU